CAAGUGUAUUAUAAAUAUGAAAAUAUAGGUUUUUGUACGAACACAGAGAUUAAGAAAGGAGACUAACGGAAAUUGAUCACAACAAAGCUCAUAUGCAACAGUAAAUCUCCAAAUUAAGAGACGGUGCUCGCUUUGCAAUGCUUGGUUAUUUCAUCUCUAAGUUUAGCGUCGGUUGCUUGCUCGCUGAAAUUUCACAAUUGUAAUUAGCAUUGUAGGAUUUUUCUGUUACUUUAAAUAUUAAAAGAAAACUGUUAAGAAUUGCAUGUCAAGAAAAUUGAAAUGGAUGACGAUAAUAACGACGCUCCACGUGUAACUCGCGCACGUACACGCCGCCUGUCCGUCCUGGAUACAGACAGUCGCCCUUUGACGCCCAUGCUGGAUGUGGCCGCCGACCGGGCAUCUCCGCGUCCAAUGCGCAGAACUCGCUUAAACUCGGCAACAGUCGAUUUGAGGACUCCGACACGCGCCACGCGCUUGUCGGUGGCCCGUGGAGAGACUCCAGAGCCUGCCACCCCUACUGUGACCUUGUCCUCUGUCAAACGGGGCACCCGCACACCGGCAAAAUCUGUUCGUAAACAGUUGCCGUUACCAGAGGACGUAAAUGAAGAAGAAUCUAACACAAAGAUGCAAGUGCAGACAAAGGCUGAGCCUGACAAUGAAAAAAUGAACGUCGUUACCGAAGAUUCUAAAGCUGCUGUUGUUGACUCCAGACCUAUGCAGACACAGUUUGGUACGCCACCAGAUGAGAGGCGUGUGACGCGUUCAAUGUCGAAAACGCCUCCGGUGAUUGGACGCGCUGUAAACAAUACGCCUCAGCAGGAAUUUGAUACGAAAAAUUCACCUGAAGGAAAAAAAAAACAAACAAUGCAGUCGAUUGAAAUAGCCACUGAAAUUGUAGAUUCGCCAGUUGAAGCACAACAGUCGAUGCACUCCGAUGAAAGCGUUACUAAAGAAUCAGUUACCACCACUAAAGUGGGGGAUAAGUCCACACUAAAAGCAACUCCCAAAGUUAAGGUCAAGGUCAAAGACAUUCUAAUUGGAAACCAAGAGGAUAUGUCAAAAGUUGACAAUGUAAUAAUUGUGUCCAAUGUAGAUGUAGCCAAGAAUGACGACCAAGUUGGAAUAAUAGCAGAGCCUAUCGAAGACAAAGAGGAGAUAAAGCAGUCCGCUGAGAUCACUGAUAAACCCUUUUCAACUGACGGGAAUAUAUCUAUGAAGCAGCGUGACGUGCCGCCUAAGAGUGAUGAUACAUGUACUCAUGCUCAUGUAAUCGAAGAUGUCCGUUUGCCAGAUCUAACACCUAAUAUAAAGACUCGUUUGGUAGAACAAAAACGGUCAGGGCCUAUGAAGAGUGUAGGGUUCAAUAACAAUGGUCAAGUUGAUGAGCCUAUCAAGCAGAAAUAUCCAAAGACCCCUGCACGCGUAAGUACGCCUGCGGGAGAUGUUUAUAGCCUCGCUGGUCGUAAGGCUAAUAGCGAGGUAAGGGAUAAGAGCGAGACGCCCUUAAAGCCCAUAAUCUUAAAGGGACGUAACAGCUCAACUCCUCUAACAAAGCUAGAGCCGUUGUUGAGCCAAGCUAAUGGGUCCAAUGAGCAAAAUCCGCCUCCACCACAAAUUGAUAUGAUAAAACCUCUCUCAGCGUUGGAAGACAAGGAAGAGAAUGUCCAGACAGCUAAAGAGACUCCCACCCGACGUCUUGUAAGCGAAGACGAGGAUGAAGAGGAAGAUGAAUAUGAAGAGAGUCCUGUGUGCGAGUUUUUUGCUAACGAGGUAGAGGUUAUUAAUAAUUAUCAGUCUGGCGACUCAAUGGACAGUUCCGUCCGCCAUGAAAUCGAAGAAAAUGAAAUACCGCACGAUGGUGAAUCUGUGGGCAGUCAGGACACAGUUGAUGAUGACUCUGAUGACAGUGCUGAUGAAAAAAUGUCGUUUAUAGUCUCCGAUAACGAAGUUGACGACAAUGAUAUUGAAUCUUUGUGCUUCUCGUCUGCCUCUGAAGAAGCUGACAUGGAACCAAAAAAACGGCGUCGUAUUAUUGUUCAUGACAGCAGUGCUGACGAGGAUCCUGAAGAGAAUAAAGAAAUUAAGAUAAAUGAUUCUACGGAAGAAGAUAAACCAGCUGAAAAAUCGAUACAAAUGGAUGAAAAUGAGAGCGAUAUGAAUAGAGAAGGUCAGCUGGCAGUCGAACAAGCCGACAAGAUAUCAACAUGCGACAAAUCACCGGAAUUAAAGCCAAAUGACAACAAUGAUAUUGAAUCUUUGUGCUUCUCGUCUGCCUCUGAAGAAGCUGACAUGGAACCAAAAAAACGGCGUCGUAUUAUUGUUCAUGACAGCAGUGCUGACGAGGAUCCUGAAGAGAAUAAAGAAAUUAAGAAAAAUGAUUCUACGGAAGAAGAAAAACUAACUGAAAAAUCGAUACAAAUGGAUGAAAAUGAGAGCGAUAUGAAUAGAGAAGCAGGUCAACUGACAGUCGAACAAGCCGACAAGAUAUCAACAUGCGAGAAAUCACCGGAAUUAAAGCCAAAUAAUUCCGAUCCCCCUAACAAAACAGCGCCACAAAUUGGCAUAAACUUGGGCGAAGAGUUUCAAAAAGAUGCGGAUCUAUCGGUGGAAGAGCUUCUUUCCAGUUCCAAUGAGAGCGACGAGCACGAGGUCAAAAAAAAUACGAGCAGGAGCAUCUAUGAAGUGCUCGAUUCUGGUGAAGAAUCAAGUGAAGACAAAGAGUAUGUUUGUGAUAAGCCAACACCUGAAGAUAAUGAAACCACUAGAGAGGAUGAAAAAUCGAAUUCAAACGAAAAACUCGCUAAUUUUCAUGAAUCGCCUAUCGUUAAAGAAGAAAAGCCAAUUUCUAAUGAAGAGAAACAAGAGGUGGUUGUCAAGUCAGUGGUACCUAUUAGCGAAUCGUCGUCAUUCCAUGCAAAACAAAAGCGUGAGGAAGAGGCAGCACUUCUGGGUGAACUCUCCUCCUGCGACUUAUCGCACUUGCGGCAAAUGUUCAAUCCCCUCCAGAAGUCGCGGCGGCAAACUCUGUACGUACAGGAUCCACAUAAAGCCCCUAAGGAGCCGAAACCAAAAUUGAAACGUCGCAGUGAACAAUUGAACAGCGAUGUCAAACCAUCGCAAUCGUUUAUAGAAACUCUGGCCGAGGAAAAGAUCCAACUGAUGAAGCGCAAGCGUAUGUCAAAGAGUUUUUGCGGAGCUGUCGAUGGCUUGGACACCAGCGUACUAUCGGAAAUGCAAAAUAAAAAGGCCAAAUUCGGUGAGUCAGCAGCUAGCGAUAACGAAAUGGGUGUGGCAGUCGAAGCUGUUAAAGAGGAACUGCCCACUCCCGCUCCAAUGUCGGAAGCGAAGGCCAAGGAUGAACUGUCCGUAGAAAAAGUAGUCCAGCCAAAGAGUCGCAAUGAUUAUAUAGAAUAUUGCGAUACCCUGAUCCGGGCGGCAAAUGAAGCGAAGCUGGAGGAGAAGAAAAAACGUAUCGCAGCGGGCAAGAAGCAAAAGAGUCGCCUGUACGCUGCUACUCUGUCUACUUGCAUUGCCGACCCCGCCAAUGGCCCGUCAGUUGCCGCAGCCGCAACUAAAUCGGUGUCGGAAAAGCCGACUAAGAUUAAAAAGGAUGUGAAACGUCUGCAAGCCACCAAGCAAGCUAUCAAGCGUGCCAUGCAGCUGCUAGCGCCUGAUGCAGCAAAUAAAGAGCCCCAGUCGCUGGCUCGGAAACUGUCUCCUCAACCGGAUAUUAAUGCCAAGCCCGCAAAGUCUAAGCAGCAGACGAAGACGAAGACAAAGAAAAAGAAGCCCACAGUUGUACAAAAGUCCCCAGUAAAGAGCUCCGACGAAGAAAAUCACCAUAUCCCCAAACGUAUUAAAACGAGUGCCGGUUAUGUAACGGUCAUGUCCAAGAAAGAACGAAGAAGAAUUGAAACAUUUAAAACAUCAUCCAGCAUCGUGGAAGUCGAGCCCUGCACUCCCACCCAAAAGUAUUUUAAAGAGGUUCUAGCAUCACCCAAAACCCGUCACGGGUUUAAAGAGAUGCCUGCCACCCCGAAAACGUCUAAAAAGAAGUCGACUGCUGUACGUAACCCAGCUACGGAGGCGGCUUUGCGCUUUAAAAGGGAAAUAUUUGGUAGUAGUUAUAAAUAAGUACAUUUAAUAUUAGCAAUUAGUUAGCCUUUGGUUGUCAACGCAGUUAUGUUCUUGUUUAAGUUUAAAAAUGUUCUAAAUUUGGAUUUUUUCAUUGGAAAUUUUGUUGCAGUUAAUAGUUAAUGCUAAGGAAAUCGAAAGGAAAUUAUAUAUUUGUAAUACAGUAAAAGAUCGGAACAAAGCUUAACCAACCUAAACAUGUUUAAAUAUUACAUUUGUUCUGAUUAAAUGCACGUUAAAAUUUAAUAACUAUUGUGAGUUUAAAAUUUAAUUGUUAAAAAUGGUACCCAUGAGCAUACAAAACCAUA